AUGCCUCAUCUCUUGAAGCCGAGGAAGAAAAAGGGUGGCACUCCUGCGAAGAAAGCCACCCUAAAGUUCACAGUCGACUGCCAGCAGCCUGCUGAAGACACCAUCAUCGAGCCCAAGGACUUCGAGAAGUUUCUGGCGAACAAAAUCAAGGUAGAUGGGAAAACCGGCAACCUGGGUGAGAAGGUAAGCAUCCACCGAGAGAAGGCGAAGGUCCACGUCACCGCGGAGGCCCCGUUUUCCAAGCGCUACUUGAAAUACCUUGGCAAGAAGUAUCUCAAGUCGCAACAACUGCGGGACUUCCUGCGCAUCGUCGCCCCGUCGAAAGCUUCCUACGAGAUGCGAUACUUCAACAUCAACGAUGACAAGGCUGAAGAGGACUUUGAGAAGUUCCUGACCAGCAAGAUCAAGGUGGAUGGAAAGACAGGCAAUCUGGGGGAAAAGGUGAGCAUCCACAGAGAGAAGUCCAAGGUCCACGUCACUGCAGAGGCACCUUUCUCCAAGCGAUACUUGAAGUACUUGGGCAAGAAGUACCUGAAGUCGCAGCAACUGCGGGACUUCCUCCGCAUCGUGGCUCCGUCGAAAACGUCCUACGAAAUGCGCUACUUCAACAUCAAUGACGACAAGGGCGAGGAGGACUGA